AUGAUUAAGCGAAGGCACAUCGUUUGGAGCCUUGAACAAGCAAGGUGGCGACUGAAGGGAAAGGUUGGGGGAGUGGAGGGGAGUGUGGGGAAGAGAGGGAUUGGGGGGGAGGGGGGAGGAGGGAGGGGGGGGGGUGGGGGGGGGGGGGUGGGGGGGCAUGUUCCAUCUCUCUCCGCUCUUCCCUCGUCCCCACACGCUCUCCGCUUAUCUUUCCGCUCCCCUUCAUUUUCUCCUCUCCUCCCGCCCUCACCCGCUCUCCACUUAUUUCCCCUCCGCUCCCCUUUUCUCCUCUCCCGCCCACCCCUCAUCACCCUCUCCCUCACCCCUCAUCCUCUCUCCGCACACUCCUCUUCUCUACCCUCAUCUUUCCUACCCUCUUCCGCCCCUUCUCUCAUCUCGCAUUCUCCCUCCUCUCAUCUCGCAUCUCCCCGCCCACUCAACCCUCAUUCCCCCGUCAUUCCCCCCACACUUAUCCCUCUCCCUUCGUUUCCACCCCUCAUCUCCCCUCCGCUCACUCCCUCGACUCCUCCCCGCUUCAUUCGCCGCUUAUCCUCCCCUUCCCCUCCUCGCUCCUCUCGCCAACACUCACCCCAUUUCCCCCCUCGCACUCUCCAUUCCCCAUCCCAUCAUGUCCAGACGUGUAUACCCCUCAUUAUACAACCCCUCAUCCCCCCCCCCCUUCCCAGUCGCCUCACUCCCCCCCCUCCCCCGCCUCUCCCCCCCUUCCUCUUUCCUCCCCCCCUUUCCCCCAUCUUACCUCUCAUUUCCCCCUCCCUUUCCCCUUUCUAUUGCAACUGGGACAUAGUAGCAGAGACACAGGCAGGGGGGAAGCAAGCAGCGGGGGGAGGCGGGAAGAGUGGGGAGGCAGAGGAGAGGGGGCGGGGAGGAGGUGUGGGGGGGAGUGGGGGGAGAAGUGAGGGAGAGAGGAGGAAAAGGAGAGCUGGUGAGGAGGGGGAGGAGGAGGAGGAGGAGGAGGAGGAGGAGGAGGAGGAGGAGGAGGAGGAGGAGGAGGAGGGGGAGGAGGAGGAGGAGGAGGAGGAGGAGGAGGAGGAGGAGGAGGAGGAGGAGGAGGAGGAGGAGGAGGAGGAGGAGGAGGAGGAGGAGGAGGAGGAGAAAUAG